CCCUCGGCUCCUGAUGGAGGGCGAUUUGGGGGCCCCCAACAGCAGCGUGCUGGGGGAGCGCUCGCUGCUGGUGGGGAGCAACUGGGUGGCUGCUUUCCUCUGCUUCAUCAUCCUGCUGACCACGGCGGGCAACUUCCUCCUCAUCCUCCUCAUUGUCACCCAGCGCUCCCUCCGCAACACCUCCAACUACUUCCUGGUGUCCCUCUUCAUGUCUGACCUGAUGGUGGGGCUGGUGGUCAUGCCCCCAGCCAUGCUCAACCAGCUCUACGGCCGCUGGGUGCUGCGGGGAGACUUCUGCUCCCUCUGGUACUCCUUUGAUGUCAUGUGCUGCAGCGCUUCCAUCCUCAACCUCUGCGUCAUCAGCCUGGACCGCUACCUGCUCAUCAUCUCCCCCCUCAAAUACAAGCUGAGGAUGACCUCCUGCAGGGCUCUCUGGCUCAUCCUGGCCACCUGGACUUUGGCUGCUCUCGCUUCCUUCCUGCCCAUCAAGAUGGGUUGGCACGAGCUGGAGUUUGAGGUCAGCUCCCCAAACGUCACAUCCCGGGGAGACGAGGGGCAGUGCCGGCUGCUGGUCAGCUUGCCCUACGCCUUGGUGGCCUCCUGUCUCACCUUCUUCCUCCCAUCUGCUGCCAUCUCCUUCACCUACUGCCGCAUCCUCCUGGCAGCCCGCAAGCAAGCGGUGCAGGUGGCCUCCCUCACCUCCAACGUGGCCACCGCCACCACCACGGACGAGGCUGCGCCGCAGGUUCCUCGUGCCCCGAGCCAGCCCGUGGCCAGCAGUGAGAGCAGGAGGUUUGCCAACAAGCACAGCAAGAAGGCACUGAAGGCCAGUCUGACACUGGGCAUCCUCCUGGGCAUGUUCUUUGUGGCUUGGCUGCCCUUCUUUGUCACCAACGUGACACAGGCAGUCUGCGGCUGCGUCCCAGCCGGCUUCUUCGACGUGCUCACCUGGCUCGGCUACUGCAACAGCACCAUGAACCCCAUCAUCUACCCUCUCUUCAUGAGGGACUUCAAGAGGGCCAUGGGCAAGUACCUGCCGUGCUGCCGGCGCGCAGGGGAGCCGCGGCCCAGCGCCAUCUCCCUCUCCAUGAGGAACUCCAACAGCGGGCCCCGCGCCGCCACGUCCCUCAAGAACGUCCUGACUUUGCAGGCUGAGACCGACUCGGUGGACUCUGGGGCUGUGGGGAAUGAACACAACCAGCUGCCAGCCGGCACCAGCCCCCUCCCGCCUCUCCUGGCCCCCGCUGCCCGCUUGACCAACCUCUUGGAGGCAGAGCCCCGGGCUGGGGAGCUGCGGCCUGGGCUGCUCGGCACCCCGGUGGCCUGACGUGGGGUACAGACCUCUGCAUGCUGGGGAGGAUCCCCCAGCCCGCUGUGGGCUCUGCAGAGGGAUGAUGUGCUGCAGGACAUCCCCCAGCCCACGUGCUGCUCGGUGACCUCUUCACGGUGUGCGUCUCCUCGCAGAAGCCGUGGUCGCCGAGCUGCCCUGGGGGCAGGUUCCAAUGCAAAGCCACGUUUGACUGCCAAAUUAAUCUGCCUUGUUUCUCUGUCUCUCCUUUGCUCACCAUCACCAAUCCUCACCCUUCUCUGAGAGCUGCUUCUUCUCACCAGCACCUCACCUCAACCUCAGACACCUGACCCUGCCGACAGCCAGCGUCUCCCUGAACUCAAACCAAGGUUCGCUCGCCAGCUGCUGCUCUCCCACCACGGGACCGACACAACCCACAUCCCCUGACUCACAGAGGAGAGGUUUGGGGCUGCCCCAGCCCACACAUCAUCACAUCUUCUCGAGGUUUCGUGUCCUCCCCUGAUCUGGGGUUGAUGGUGUUUCACCACUGACAGCCUGUGCUACGGGGGAUUAAAACGAGGUGCCAAAUGUUCGCUGCUGCUUUCUGGGUCCUCAGCGAGUGGGUGUUUGGAGUGUUUGUGGCUCCUCAGCAAUCCUGACAGUACCAAGAGAAGCCUGCCUUUACAUUUCAUCCCACAGCUUCCUAUUUGUGGCAUAUGACCGUCAUAUUUGGCUCUGACAAUCCCUCAAAGGGAUGCAAUCAGAAAAUCCACUCCUUUCCCCCCCCAGUCUGAACACUGGCUGUCUUUUAAUUGACAAUGCUGCCUCCUCCCACCCUCUUCACCACCAUAAGCAGAGACAACAGUGACUAAUAACCCAAACCAACAGAUUCAGCAAGUUUUCCCUCAAGUGCCUUCAGGUGGGUUGGUGGCUGUGGCCUCCCUGGACUCCAACCCCACGAGCCUCACUGCCUGUUCCUGAGCUCACCCUAAUGAGUUUGAUUGUGCUCAGACAUACAGACAAACGAGUACCAAGCAUCCUGAGGACAUGAGCUGGGGAAGAAGCAGCCACACACCAAGCAAGUCACACUAGUUUUCUUUCCACAGUGCCCAUGUACAUUCCAGAACUGAACAACAAGUGUUUUUAUGACCAACUUGUCAUUUAUUUGCUACAAAAUGAAGAGCUCGGUGACAAAGGGUCGAGACUGAGCACAGCUUCAGACAUCCAGUGAUUUUUGCCACCCAUCUGUGGACAGAUGGCUUGGGUUUGGUAUCAAGCAUGAUGAUACAUACACACAUCAUUCCCACACAUGGCUUUGACUACAAGUCCAGUUCAAGACACAAUGAACUCCAGGAGACCACGACAGCAGGCAGGGGCUUCAGGAGAUGGACAGAGCUGCUGCUUCAAGCCACGUGUCCCAGAGCAAUAAGCCAUUGCUGUCUCAUCGAGCCAGCCCCCUGUAACAAGAGGUUUCCUUGUGGACAAAGCCUCUGUAUCCCUCUGCUGCAGCCAACAGCAUCAAUGCUGAUGAGGAAAACAAGCUUGUGGAAUCCUGUGAUCCGAGUCAGAGGGGUCUCCUGUGGCUCUGAGCAGGUCUGAGCCCCUUGCUGGCAUGGGAAAGCCACAGCCAGCAGCCAAAGCUGCAGUGGGAUGCCAGGUUCUGCUGCCAGCCUCAGCAACAGCCACCUUCUCCACCUGCAGCUUUCAGGAUGGUGUCCAUCUGCUUCAUGUAGUCCAGGUGGCCGUUUACCUGCAGGGAACGAGAGUCCUGUCAGUGGAGAAGCCGUGGGGAAGGCAGCUCGGUCAAGUCCUGCAUCUUCCAAACCACCACUGCCCUGAGACUUGGGUUUGGCUCUGAAAGGCUGAAAGAAUGGCUGAGAAAUGCUGUCACCCACUGAAUAACCCCAAGUGGCUGCUCCCUUCGUGGCACACGCUGCUGCUGGAUUGCUUUCCCUCUCAGAGGCAGAUCAAACACCUGAUGCCAUAGCAGCUAAAUGACAUUCCCAGCAGCACAGACCUUGGGAUGCUCAUGGGCACAAGCUGCCAACUCCAUGCUCUCCACCCUUGGCAGACCAGCCUUCACAAGAGUGCCGUGUCUGCAGUUCAGGAGCAAGUCUCCCAGAUGCCUGGGGCAGCCUCACCGAUCACAGUUCCACCCCCAACGGUUGCCAAACCGAUCAGCAGG